GUUUAGGGCUUAUGGCUAUCGUGUGAUUGGCAAGUGGAAGCGCCAUGGCUUCCCUGGUGAGCCCUAGCUCACUGUCAGUGAGAUUGGGCGAGAACUAUGGCAGGAGAGGCGGCAGAGCAGCCGCAUUGUGCGUCUCGCAAGCUGGAUUCUCGAUCAACAGCAAAGAUUGCUCGAGCUCGAGUUUUGAAGCUGAGCUCAAGAGCGUCCUCUCACAACGUGACAUUCUCACGGCGAGAGGAAUCAACAUGCCUUCCUCGAGGCCGGAUAAUCGCUUGAAAAUUUUCUCGGGAACAGCGAAUCUGCCACUGGCCAAGGAAAUCGCGUGCUACAUGGGCCUAGAACUUGGAAAGAUUUGCAUCAAGCGCUUUGCUGACGGUGAAAUCUACGUCCAGCUACAGGAAAGCGUGAGAGGCAGUGAAGUGUUCUUGGUCCAGCCGACUUGUCCACCCGCAAAUGAGAACUUGAUGGAGCUACUGGUCAUGAUAGACGCAUGCCGGCGUGCAUCCGCCAAGACCAUCACAGCAGUAAUUCCAUACUUUGGAUACGCCAGAGCUGACAGAAAGACUCAAGGACGUGAAUCGAUUGCAGCAAAGCUUGUUGCAAAUCUUUUGACAGAAGCCGGUGCGAACCGUGUUCUUGCAUGCGACUUACACUCGGGGCAGGCGUUGGGUUACUUUGACAUUCCCGUGGAUCAUGUUUAUGGUCAGCCCGUUAUACUGGACUACCUCGCAAGCAAGAUGAUAUCAGCUGACGAUUUCGUAGUAGUCUCCCCGGACGUGGGUGGUGUUGCUCGCGCUCGGGCCUUCGCCAAGAAACUCUCGGAUGCACCGCUCGCGAUCGUGGACAAACGACGUCAAAGUCACAAUGUUUCUGAGGUGAUGAAUCUUAUCGGUGAUGUCAAUGGCAAAAUCGCAGUCGUGGUAGAUGAUAUGAUUGACACUGCUGGGACGAUAGCAAAUGGAGCUGCGCUUCUUCGUCAAGAAGGAGCCAGAGCUGUCUACGCUUGCUGCACACACGGUGUUUUCAGUCCUCCUGCGAUCGAGCGCCUAUCAGGUGGUCUCUUCGAAGAAGUGAUCAUCACAAACACGAUUCCAGUGAAAGAGAGCUUCAAGGAGCUUACAAUUCUCUCGGUGGCGAACCUCCUCGGUGAAACCAUCUGGCGGGUGUAUGGGGAUAGCUCUGUGAGUAGCAUUUUUGGGUAGCUUAGUGGAUCCAAAAUUCUUUUCAUUCGAGUUUCUUCUUUUUCCUCCAUGAAAAUGCUUUUGAUCUUCUCUCCAUUUCUAUUCUCCAGCAAGAUUAAAUCUUUGUUCUUGAUCGCGUGCUAGACUGGAUUUGAAUCGCACUUGGGACUUGGUAUCGACUGAUCAAUCGAAACAAUGCCAAUGUAAUUCUUUGUUAUGUAAUGUUAUAAACUCGUUUUUGAA